UCAACUGCAAUAUGGCUUCUCAGCACUCCGCCGCAUGCUGCUCCAUCCCGCCCGUCGUGAGCGAGGGCUACGAGGCCAAGGGCAACUACACUACCAUUGAUGGCAUGAGGACCUACCAAACCGGCCCCUCCGACGCAAAGCAUGCCAUUCUGAUCAUCUCCGACAUCUUCGGCUUCUACCCCCAGACCCUCCAGGGUGCCGACAUCCUCGCCCACUCGGAUAAGGACCGCAAGUACCAGGUCUUCAUUCCCGACUUCUUCGAUGGAAAGCCCGCCCACAUCUCCUGGUACCCCCCGGACAACGAUGACAAGAAGAAGAAGAUGGGUGAUUUCUUUGCUGGUCCCGCUUCUCCGCCCAAGACCGUUGCCCGUGUGCCCAAGGUCGUCGACGAGAUCAACGGCAAGGUCAGCGGUAUUGAGAGUUGGGGUAUCCUUGGCUUCUGCUGGGGUGGAAAGAUCGUCAACCUCACAUCUACCGCCGAUACCAAGUUCAAGGUCGCAGCUAUUGCCCAUCCUGCCAUGCUCGACCCCAACGAUGCCCCCAACAUCACCAUCCCCGUCGUCAUGCUGCCUUCCAAGGACGAGGACAAGGAUGCCGCUGCCAAGUGGCAGCAAGGACUCAAGGUCAAGAACCAGGUGGAGUUUUUCCCCGAACAAAUCCACGGAUUCAUGGCUGCCCGCUCCGACCUGUCCGAUGAAAAGGUCAAGACGGCAUACGAACAAGGUUACAAGACCGUCUUGAGUUUCUUCCAUGAGCACUUGUAAGCGUCCGAUUUUGCUUUGAUGCGCCGGAAGCAAUGGAAGGGCCCCGCUGCCAGCUCCAAGAUAUGAACAGCAGGCAGACGUGGUUCCAAUGACAGGAGGACAAAAAAGUGCGAGUG